GCGCCUCGUGACCGGACCGGCGGCACCACCAGCAGCCACUGCACCGUGACGUGACGGCAGCAUCUGCUUCCAUCUCUCAUGGCGGCUGACGCGGUCACUCACCCAUAUACGCAAGGCAAAAGCACCCCCCGUUCUCGCGCUUGGCCGCGUCCUUGGCGCCAACUCCGCCGCCCGCUCACAAAUACCACCUGCCACGACAUUCGCGGCGCCCUCCGUCUCAGGCACGCAGGCGUCGCCUCCCACACCUCCUCCUCCUCCCUCCUCCGCCGCCGCCAGGAGGCACCGCAGACAAACAACCGUCGUCCGGCCCUUGGAUGGUCCCUGCAGCCGCCGCUGGAGCUGCAGGCGCGCACGUACGAUGGAGUUCUGGCCGGAUUUCCUGGCGACCAGCGGCGGGCGCGAGUUCGUGGCCGGCGGGGUCGGCGGCAUGGCCGGCGUGCUGGCGGGCCACCCGCUCGACACGCUCCGCAUCCGCCUGCAGCAGCCGCCGCCGCCCGUCAGCCCCGGGAUCGUCGACGCGCCCAGCCGCCCGCCCUCCGCCGCGCGCCUGCUCCGCGGCAUCCUCCGCGCCGAGGGCCCCGCCGCGCUCUACCGCGGCAUGGCCGCGCCCCUCGCCUCCGUCGCCUUCCAGAAUGCGAUGGUGUUCCAAGUCUACGCGAUCCUGUCGCGGUCGCUCGGCCAGGAGAGCUCCACCUCCGAGCCUCCUUCCUACGCGAGCGUGGCCGUCGCCGGCGUCGGCACGGGGGCGCUGCAGACGCUCAUCCUGUCCCCCGUCGAGCUCGUCAAGAUCAGGCUGCAGCUGGAGGCGGCGGGGCACAAGCACCGGCGCCCGGGCGACCACCACGGCCCCGUGGACAUGGCCCGCGACAUCUUCCGGAGGGAGGGGCUCCGUGGCAUCUACCGCGGGCUCACGGUGACCGCGCUCCGCGACGCGCCGGCGCACGGCGUCUACUUCUGGACGUACGAGUACGCCCGGGAGCGGCUGCACCCGGGGUGCCGGCGCGGCGGCGGCGAGAGCCUGGCGACGAUGCUCGUGUCCGGCGGCCUCGCCGGCGUCGCCAGCUGGGUCUGCUGCUACCCGCUGGACGUGGUGAAGUCGCGGCUGCAGGCGCAGGCGUUCCCGGCCGCCAGGUACCGCGGCGUCGUGGACUGCUUCCGGAGGAGCGUCCGUGAGGAGGGGCUCCCCGUGCUGUGGCGCGGCCUGGGCACCGCCGUGGCGCGGGCAUUCGUCGUCAACGGCGCCAUCUUCGCGGCGUACGAGCUGGCUCUGCGCUUCUUGGCCAGCGACAACGGGCAGACGAUGGUCAUGGAGGACAACUGAACCGUGCUGGAUUGGACAUAGUUCAUUGGUGCUACCAUUGAUGCAACUGCGUCCAUCAGUAAGAUCAUAUCGGAGCUGCUUGCAGCGGCGUGCCUGCUGCGUUGUACAUAGGCUAGUAUCUAUCCACUGGGAUUUGGGAGGGGUUUGGGUGGUCUCAUCAUCUCAUGCCAUUUCAGUGGGCUGAGAUGCAGAGUAUCACAGCGGCAAGAUUCAUACAGAUUGAAGGGCUCUUGAAGUAUUGAUGAUGGCGAUCAAUUCCCUAAUAUCUGGGGAAAUAUAAUGUCAUUCUUGGUGUUUAGCUAUUACAUAUACAUGAACAUCAAUGAGACAAUGACCAGCUGUUCACAUGUAGCAUAGUAUAUCGAUAGAAAGGAUGCAUCAUGCAUGUAAAACCAGAGCUGUUCUCUUUUCAAAAAAAAAAAAACAGAACUGUUCUUGUACGUUUCUUUCAGUCGGGGAAAGAAAUUAAAGAGGUUGCUUUCAGGAGCUACACCACUGAACAGUGGGAGAAGGCAAAACGGAAUGCAUUUUUGUGCA